AUGACAUUUAGGUAUUCUCAAGAACUAACCCUUAACACAUACGAAAAACCUCCUCAAAAUCCAGAAUGGUUUCAAAAAUAAGAGAAUAUUGAUUUAAUUUUGAAUAAGAUCAGAUAACAUAAUUUGCUUAAAAGAAUUCAUUUUACAAGUAAUGAAUAAUUGCAAGUAAUUUAAAUAAUAAUUUUAAGGAAAAUGACCCUUUAUUAUUAAGAAGUCAUAGAUUAAAUAAAAAAUUGGAGGAAUUUGAUCAUUUUCAUGAAGAAUAAUUAGAAAGUUAUAGAAAGAUUUUACAAACUGAUAAGGAGCAAAUAUCUAAUGCAAUAUCCCAAAGAAGAAGAAUGGGUUCAUUUGUUAAACAUGUGAGAAGCAUUAGUACAACAAUUUUGAAGCCGUAGUAAAUUAAUUUUUAACAGUAGACUAAUUUAAGUGAAUAAUAUUGUUAAUCUAUAAUGUAAUGAAAAGAAGUUGGAUAACUAAGUUAUAAUGAGAUAGAAAAUAAAAUCAAUUUAGGAAAAUAGAAAAACAAUAGAAAAUUGUUCUAAAAGACUUUAAUAAUUAUUUAAAGAGGAUUCAUCAAAUCAAAUAUCAAGAGUUCAAAGUCAUUUAGAACAAAGAAAUAAAAAGAAAAAAAAUUCAAUUGACUUUAUUCGAAACCUUUAUUGA